CGCUCGCCAGGAGGGGACAUAUAGCAGGGUACGCCGCCACUCAUCAAUACCACACUUCACGGAAGCCUGCGUGCCUCCUGCGUAACCAUUGAUGGCGAAGAGUCAUACAGCUAUCUUAUUUAGUGGCUCAAGUGGCGUGUAGCCUUGAUGGGUGUGCGUGAGGCGUGUGGUGGCAAGGGUGCGACGCGCUGCUGUGCGAGGGUUGGCGGCUGGAUGUGGUAACAGUGACUGGGGAGCUUGGGAGAGGAGGGCGGGGAGGUUCUCUGGAGGAGGGAAGGAGGGGCAGAGACAGCCACUAGCCAGCCACCACACAGGCUCAGCCAGUGUUGGUCGAGGCGUGCCUUGGGGAGGGCUGCGCUGCACCCGCUCUCCUCUCAAGUUAAUGUGAAUAGAUAUUCCGUUAUUUCAGCCUCAGAAAAGGAAGUAACCAUCCUGUCGCACGUAAAAUCCUUCGUGGUAGUCGUCAUUAUUUAUACGGAGGGUCGCCUGUGACGCUCAGGGAGCAACCACGGCGAGGCCCUUUGUUGCUCUUCGCGUUACUGUGGGCAAUGCUACCUCUGUACUCGUAGCUCCUUGCCCUACAGCACCCCGCCGCGGGGGUAAUAAGCCGCCUUCUGGUGUGAUCCAAGUGUGGGUGAAGUGUUGGCGUGGGUGACUAGCAAGGGAGUGAAGUGAGACCCGCCCAGAGGAGGCAACUCGGGGUGAACUCAACACUGAACACCGUUGCGUGGAGCCCAGGCUGCUGCCACCGCCACCACCACCAUCUCCACCGGGUAUUAUGAAGAGGUGGUAGGGCGAGGCGGCGCGGGCGAGGGGGUAAUAUGGUCUCCGGGAACUCAUCCUUCGUCAGCCACGACGGUCUGCAGCCUGAGCGUGAACCCUUAACGUUUGAGACCAAAACUGAGGACCUUCCCCCUGAUACAGCUGCCCUCGUCGACCACAUCAAGCAGGUAGCUGAAGAGGUCCUUUACCACUGGAAGACCUUCCCUCUGCACCUCCCGCCGCCCGUCGCCGUCCAGCAUGACACGCCCUCCACAGUAUCUUCAGGCAACUUCGGAGUAGGAAAUGGAGGAGGAAGUUUGGGAACCGUCGGUGGAGUUGGGAGGGGUGGAGGAGGAGGAGGAGGAGGAGGAAAUGGACCCGGAAUAGGAGGUGGAGGUGGAGGAGGAGGGGGAAGCAAUGGCGGGAACGGAGGACUAGGAGCCGUGAGAGUGAAGCCCUUGAUUCUCCGCGAUGCUUUUGUCACGCCCUCCUUCGACGAGUUGGAUGCUGUGGCUGUGGACUCCAAGGGUGAUCCGCGGCGACUGUCCAACCACCACCUCCACUCCAUACGCGAGAAGGGGUUGCAUCGAGACAGUCAGGGGAAGAGAAGACGGCUCAACGGUUAUCAGCUGGAGACGCUGCGACGCUCAGGGGAGUUCGAGGUGGAGUCCCUGCACUUCCCCGGACAGACUCACCGGUGGCAGGUGUCUGGGUGGCUGCAGAAGGGCUGUGAGAAGGCACACAACUCCCUGCUGGAUGAUGUGGCUCUUGCUCUCUCCCUCAUUGUGGUCACUGCCAAGAACAGGCUCUCCUCCCCUUUAUUCUCUCUCUCCCACUCCCUGCAGUCUGUCUGGCAGGGGAUUCUCAUGCUAGUUGACCUGGCGGUGGGCAUCCCCUGGGUCCAGGCUCACAACCUGGAGGCACGCAUGAAGGAGGAACGAUGCAGCUACUUAGUUCAGGAGCUCACUUGCAAGGAUGGCGACGUGGAUGGCUUGUGUUCGUGGAUGGUGCAACAGAUCAAGCGUGCCACGUGGGAGAAGUUCCAGCUGAGUGGGGAGAAGCAGCCGCCUGUGCCGUACAUCUUCACCACACCCCAGGGCCUGGAGCUGGACCUCAGGCUCUUCAACAGGGAGUUGAUGAAGAAAGCGCUGCCAAUCCUGGUCAGCAUACUGGAGAAGGAAGCACGGGGCUGGUUCCUGCACUUCAGGGAGAAGGUUAUUGCUGACCUCAAGGCACAAAACCUCAGUGAUUAUGAGAUAGAGAAGGAGGGCAACAGGCUGGUGCAGGAGGAGUACCUUGGGCGGGUGUACUCGGCUAUCCUGGCUCACCCCGCACUGCUGGAGCUGGGCCACUCAGUCCCCGCCCUGCUGGUGAGCCACGCCAAGGCUGUCCUCCUCAUGCACAGAGCACUGGACGAGGUGGAGCGGAUAUAUGAGGAGGGAGAGCGAGCGCGUCGAGAGGAGCUAAGACACACACAUUCCAUAUUCUCCCGCAUCACACCAUGGCUCGCCGACCAGCUGGCCGCCACACACGCCACACUCAUGGAGCAGCAUAAGUGGCGGCCGCAUGAGCACGCCCUCGCCCUGUGUCGCCAGAACAACCUCCCACAGCACGCUUACUUCCUCCAGCGAGACCUGUCCUUCAUGAGAGAGAGAGAACCAGUGCUCCUUAAUGAACUCAAGAACCUGAAAGUGGCAAUGCGAGUGUUCCAGUGGCGGGCGCAGGUGUGGUUCCCAAGCAACUAUGUGGUGAGCAGAACCUUCCAGGGAGAGAGUGAGCUGAUCCCUACUGUACUGGCAUCCUCCCCCACCUGCAUCACCACCCCAAGAACUGACCCCAACCACCCAGUCUACCUGCUGGAGAAGCAACUCAUCCGCACCACCUCCACACGCUGGCCCUUCUGGCGCUGGUUCAACUUCCUGCACCGUACCUGGGCCUGGAGCUCCAACGCCCUCUUCUUCUUUGGGAUCUGGCUGCCAUUGUGCUCCCCGGUCAGCCUGCGGGCGCUGCUGUACCGGGAACCCUUCAUGUCCGACUUUGAGUUGUCACAGGUGAAUGGAACAGUGUGUCCCAGCAAGGCUUCACUCACCCCAACGCUUGCCUCUCGACUCACCACACUCUGGCGUCACAUCUCCAAGUCACGCACGCACUUCGAGACCACGCCAGAUACAGGGUUCAUUGGCAAGAGUGUGACGCGACAUAUCAACCGCAUGUGGAACUAUGUGAUGAAGGGCAUUGUGGGGACCCUCUUCCUCACCACUAUAUUCCCGCUCACCUGCCUGGUUGUCUCCAUGGGGUCAAUGGCCAUCGCUGUUGCUGCGCCUCUCUGGGUGCCGAUGUGUGUUCUUCUGACUCAUAUUGCCUGCAUCUUCAUCUACGACCUGGACUCCCCAACAGGCCUGAGGAAGUGGAGCCCCAUCAUGCAGGCACUGGCCCUCCACCUCCUGGUCCUGGGUCUCCUUCAGGCUGUCUUUGCUUUCUUCACAAUCAUAUUCAUCUGUCCUGUCCUCUCGGCUGUUGUGCUGCUGUGGGGCUUGGUACGGCGCGGCUGUCGGCAUGUGUGGGACACUGUCAUGUUCCACCUGGUGAUCAAGAAGCGUGGCAGGAUCCCCGCCUCAGACAGCUUCCUGGUGAAGCGCAUCGCUGGGCCAGGACUCCACAACAACUUCUACUACCAGAUAAGCUGUGAGCAAGCAAUAGCAGCAUUUGAAGCCAGGCUGGAGCUAGAUGAGUUGGCUGUGUACCAGAGAGAGACAGAGUCCACCAUAUACAAGCCCCUGGCAGCCUACAUGGAGUUUGUUCAGCGGUGCUUCGGUCCCUUCAGUGGGGUGAUUGGCAAGACAGGGAGCUAUGACCUGGUGGAGAGGGAGGUGCGGGAUCUGUGUCUCACCUUGCAGGAGAAAAUAGACAGGAGGAGAAGAGAUUUGGGACUCGGGCUUCCCAUCAACGUGAGGUCGAAGAUUAAACUCACUACCCGGGACCUGAAGCUGGCCCUCAAGCAAUGCACAAUAAUGGUGGAGGACUUCUACCCCACCCAUGUGUUGACCCACAUCAUCGCCCAGCCAGGGGAGGUGGUGGCAACAAGGGGGGCAGCCAACACUAGCCACAAUGAGUCAGGCCGGCCACACACGCUGCCGGCUGGGACGAGGCAUGUGGAGAUCAAUGAAAGGAGUGGGGCAAGCAGCAGCAGGAGGAAAACAGAGCACAGGGAGACUAAGUUUGCUUCCCUGGAGGAGUGGUGGGACAGCAAGGGUCUGGCGCCAGGUGAUUAUGGAGGUCUUGCUUCACUGAUAUUCACAGAAAUAUUCUCGUCAGACUUCCUCACACCUAUGGAAGAAUCAGACACAAGUUUCCAGAUGGAGGUCCAUGGUGUUAGUCUGUCCCGCUACACUGAGAUGACCCGAUGCAUGCCAGACCGACCUGACCUUGAUGAGAAGCUGACCGUCCACACGCCCCGAGGCAACAUCCAGGUCCACGCUCCUUACCUUGACCUGUCGUCCUUCACACCACUGGUACGUCAUGGGGUCCCUACUCAGAGGGCCAGCAAGACAAGCCUGGCUGCCAGACUCUCACUCAGACUCAAUCCCGGCCACAGAAUGGUGUGUGGGAGUCGGGUGCCAGAGAAGCUGCUCAUCCCCCCACCCAUCCCUCACCCUGCCCACAUCUCAGUCAUCAUCCACAACAGGGAAGCAACAGAAGCCAUCCCUCUCGAUGCAACGCUCACUGUCCAGCUGAUCCGAACAAUUGAGGAUUCCCCUCAUGUGGUGGCAACCGUCACCUCUGUGGGGGAAGAUGAGACUCCCGCCUCAGACUCCCGCUCUUCCUCUCUCUCCCAUGACCGCUCUAUCUAUGAUGACCCCUCACUCUUCGAUGGUCCCUAUAGCAGUGCCUCCCGCUCUGGCACAGCUGAUCGGCGGGGGAACUGCUCCCUGGGACGCUCCCGCACUGCCACGCUGGAAAUGACUGCCACUCUGGACCGCAUGGCGACUCUUGACCAGCGCACAAACAUGCAGGAGUAUAAUAGGUCUAGCACGCUGGAGCUGACACCCACGAGAAUGGCGCUGCGGCUGGCCACCCCCCUGCGCUCCCUCCUUGAAGGCCAGCAGCCGUUCACUGUCUCCCUCAACCUGGCGUCAGCAGAAGAUGUCAGUCUGGAGGUGGAGGAGGAGGAAAACCAGCCCAUCCCUCUCCAGCCACUCACCCACUCCACCUAUACUACUGCCGUGUGAGGAGGAGGAGGAGGUCACGGCGGUUGUGGUGAUGUGAGCCUCCCUCACUUAUCUUGCCGACUUUUUAAUCCAUUCAUUACUCAGCAGUUCUCUCUGUGAAUGUUUUCCUUCCCUCAUGAGUGACCUAGGAUGAUGUAGACCGUUUUAGUCCUCUCGCUCCACCGUCAGUCAGAGUUGUCAGUUCUACGUCUCGCCGUCAAACAUACCUGUCACCUUUUAUCUUCCGUGUGGUCGACGUUUCUGUCUCAUUGCCACUGAGACUCUGGCAACAUUACUUAUUGCCUAUUCCUUCCUUUGUUUCUCUGGGCACACACACAUGUUUGUAGUCCAGCUUUCCUGUGGGGGACUCAGUAAAAGGUGUUUGCUAUAAGGGAUCAGCUUUUUUGCAUAUCAUUUGGAACUUUUUGAAGAGUAAAGAUGAUGUGGGCUGACUUGAACUUAUGUGAAUGUGUUUUGUGUGCUAAGGUUGCUGUAGGAAGAAAGAAAAAACAGGAGGAGUUUAUGAAUGUUCCUCGGUAAACCACUUUGUUAUUUUGGGAGGUACAUUACCAAGAAAAAUGUUUGUGUUUUUUACCUUGAGUCAUAUGAGUUGAAGGAUUCUCCCAGUGACUCUCAGGAUGUUGCAUGGGUGUGUUACUGUGCAUAUAGACACUGUAUGCAUUAGCUGCCGCAAAAUUUGGAGCAAAACCAUUAGAAGUUACUGGGGGAGACUCAUACAAGACCAUUAGAAGUUACAAAUCGUAUUAAUAAGACCCCAGACACAUAUACAGUCAUGAAAUCCUUAAUGGUAUAGUAUUAAGGCUCUGGAGUGUGAUAGCCAGGGCUGUACCUACAUGUGUUGAUAAUAACGACGAUAAUGUCUUUCAUGGUGAUUUCUUUCCGGACACAUUGCACUUUUCGUCACCCAUAAGAGAUAUAAUAGAGUUACAAUGUGUCGUCAUUCACCGGUUCAUUCAUUCAACACUUGCACCAGAUUUUCCAAAGGUUUUAUUGUCUCACAGGUUGCAUUUUUAUCUCCCGCAGCAGGACAGAAAGGACUGCUGGGUUUUAUAUCAAUUUUUUCGGUAGUGUUACCCUCCAUAUCUUCAGGCGCUCAUUAUGUGUUUGAAAGGUGAUGCAAAUCCUGGUCUCGGUAAGUAUUGAUAGUAUUAUAAAAGUUUAUUAAAGUGUGAUAUUGCAAAGUGCCAUUCUCCUACGAUGUGAUCUUGACCGACUUGUGAGUGACUUAAGAAGAAAUCAAAGCAUAUUUUAAUUCGUUAGUUGUAUGUUGUAAUUAUUCAAAAUCAGGGAUGCUAAUCCAGACUCUCUGAUGGUUGUAAUUCUUCAUGGUUUUUAAAAAAGCUAUGAGUUGUAUUUCAGGCAGAUUUUUAAAAAAUAACUGGCCAUCUUUAAAUCCUCAAAAAGAAGAAAAUUUAAAAAAAGGCAGAUACAGUAAUAAACAGGAAUUAAGUAACCUUUUACAUUCACUUUCCAUAUUUAACUCUCUCUCUCUCUCUCUCUCUCUCUCUCUCUCUCUCUCUCUCUCUCUCUCUCUCUCUCUCUCUCUCUCUCUCUCUCUCUCUCUCUCUCUCUCUCUCUCUCUCUCUCUCUCUCUUAUCCCCUACCUGUCUCCUUUUAAAGUUCCACAAUUUAAAGACCAAUUAAGACUUUUUUUCAUCAUCUUUGAGUGCUAACUCUUAUCUCCUGUCAGUUUCUUUAUAAAGCCUAAAGGAAUUUCUCAACAGAUCAUCCCUUAAAUUGGUCAUUUUGUUCCUUUUUAUUAGUAUUAAUUUACCGUCAUCUCUAAACAUUUUACUGACUCAAAAUUUUAUAAUCUGUAUUUGAUAAUUAUUUUUUUCUGGACAUUUAUAGAAGACUACACUUUUUAUUAUAAUUUGAUUAAUUUUUACUGUCAAGUGCAUAUUGCUGUGAAAAGAUUCCGUGUUUAAAGAUUAAGGGAGAAAUCCCAGGUAGAGGGAAUGAAUGUGUCAGGUUACUCUGUUACUGCCUAUGACUUUGCUGAGAUGCAUUGUGGGACAGGAAGGGAGCAGAAGGACACAUGGAAAGAAAAGAACAAGUAACAAGUUUGAAUUAGACAAAUGAAGUCACAAAUCUUAAGUGUUGGUAUAUGGUAGGUCAGGGGUUUGAAGUGAGGUCAUUAUGUGGAUGUGACCAAGUUAGUAAAGGAGUUGUAUUGAAAUUACCUUGUUGAAUUUGUAUAAGGAAAUAGAGACAGGUGCUAGGAGGUGAGGUCAGAUUUGCUAAGGAAGAAAGAUUACAGCUGCCAGGGGAAAGAAUGACCAAAACUGAGCUGUGUGUUUUGUAAGAUAAGUUUUGAGAGGGAAGAAUGUAGAGCUACCAGUGGAAUGAAUGAGAAUCACCCUGGUUUUUAAGGGAUAAGUUAAAGUUAGUGUUAGAGAAGGAUAACCAGAACUGGCAGAGAAUUGCAUGGUAGAUGAGAGGAUGUUUCUUGGGAUAAACUGAGACAAGGGUGAUGCAAGUUGCCAAGAAAGCAGUAGAAAUAUACAGUGGUGAUUUUGCUUUUAGGCAGACAAGUUGAUUUAUGUCAGUGUGAGAGAAAAAUAACCAUAACUCCCAAGAAUAAGAUAAAGAAGAGAUGAUGUUAAAGGAAACCAUAUAGAGAUCACCUUAUUUUUUGGGAGGGGCAAGUAAUAAUCAUGUAAGAGAUGCAUAAAAAGAACUGUGAAGUGAGAUAAGUUGAUGGAAGUGUGAUGAUAAUUGCCAGAAAGAAGUAGAAGUGUUUAGUGAUGAGUGUGUUUCAAGGGAGACAGAUUAGUUAAGGGCAGGAAUUGUGAAGUGAGACAGGUUGAGAUAGGGUGAUGACAAUUGCCAGGGAAGAAUAGAAAUGUGUGGCAUUGUGUAUUUCCUGGGCUGCGUUAUGUUGUGUGGCGUUGUUGUGUGUGUUUGUUACCUUGAGGGGCUGCAAUGUGACGGUUUACGUACGUGUGGCUGUAACGAUGUACAUUUCUGUGAUUUAUAUUUGUGAAUCUCAUAAUGAUAUAUAUUUUGAGGCAUACUAUUAUUAUUAUUAUUAUUACUAUCGUUAUACAGCUUGACUUUGCUCUCUUUUGAUAUGUAGAAUAAUUUUACAUCCACAUACACACAGAUAUGCACACACACACACACACACACACACACACACACACACACACACACACACACACACACACACACACACACACACACACACACACACACACACACACUACUUCAGCUUUAUUGUACAGUUCUUUGACUGGUGGUACCUAAACACUACUCAGUUAUUUUUUUUUUUUUUUUUUUCUUUAUAGUGUUUGUGGUCAGAACUCAUUUUUUCACAUUCAUUAUGGUUAUUCAGUAGAUCCAGUAGACUUCAUGACUCAUUUCAUACAUCAUAAGGUUACACUGUAGUGGUUUGUGGGGGAAUGUAUAGGAAUGGCUGGUCACUACUCUGUGUGGGGUAUAGUAUUGCUACUGUCAAAUUGUCACAUUGGCUGUACUGCAGGAGUGGUCAGGCAGAGGAUACGCUGCCAAAUUAGCCAAAUUGUAAUGAAAAAUUAAAUAAGGAUGGCCAGCCUGCUCUUUUAUCAUGAAAUUUAAAAGACUGGCCAAAUAGUAGAUGUAAUAUGUUUAAUUAGACAAAGCAAAGUGUUAAAAAGUUACAAAGCUACAGUGUUAAAAAGAAAAAUGGCUGGUCACUUAUGUUGUUAUUAUUACUGUCAAAUGAUCAUGACCAGUCAGAGAGAUGAUUUAAUGCAUCAAAUCAGCCAAAUAGCAAAGUGUUUCCAAGUUUUACAGUGAUUGUUAAAAAAGGUGUUUUAAUUCAGAUCUCAUUCAUUCUCGAGUCAUGCGUGGAAGAGAAAAAUUUUGACUCAUUGGAUUGGAUGUAAGAAUCAAUAUGAUGAUAAUUAUUAUUACCAUGUACAGUGUAUAUAUCCUGUGUGCUCAUUUGUAAAUUUUGUAAAAACUUAUCCCUUCAUUAAACAUAAUAUCUUACCAAAAAUAAAUAUAGAACAUGG